UCUGUUCCCUUAUCUCCCAUCUUAGUUCUCUUUGGUCAACCAUAGACAGCGGAUCAAACGUCGGCAAUGGCUUUAAUUUUACUGAUUUUAUUUAUUCUGGUAUUGUCUGCAGUGGCUUAUUUGAUUUUCAUCAUCCAUCAAAAGGGCCUCAAUCCAAAGGAAAUACGAAUCGACAGCAUUAACGAUGUCCAGAAGCUGCUUACACCUCUGCCAAGUGGCACAACAACGCCGCUCAAAUACCUGGAAAAGAUUGCCUAAUCCUAUUUGGGAUACUAAAUAAAAACUUACGUUUAACAGGCGUGCU